GAGGGUUUUAGCCUGUUUAGCCUUCUCUUUUCCUCUCUCCGCGUCUCUCUCCUAUCCGCCGCAGACGGCGACGACGCUGUUGCUGCCGCCACAGUCCACCGCCAAAAUCCAAUCAACACCGCCAUCUCCAGCCCCUUCAUCUUUCACCAUCCGCCAUCAGUUCCAGAGAGUACUCCGAAUAUGACUUCCGUUUCAGGACUGGCUGGUAGUCCCUCCAGAUGCUGCUUCCAAAUUCCAGCACGCAGUUCUGGUUCACUAUGUGGGCAGGUUUCGAAUUUUCCUCACAGUUGGAAGCCUGCAGGAAAGAACGAGCUACUUUGUGCGGAAAGAAGUUAUUGGACUGGUUUUGCACAAAGGUUGUGCGCGCGGAAAACACAUCUGAUCAAGUUUGCCAUGGAUGCAUCCUACGGCGAUAUGUCCAAUGAACCAACUGCUAUCUUUCCUAGGAUUAAUGUGAGGGACCCAUACAAACGACUUGGAAUAAGCAGGGAGGCUUCAGAAGAUGAGAUUCAGGGUGCAAGGAACUUCCUUAUCCGACAGUAUGCAGGUCACAAACCAAGUGUGGAUGCAAUUGAAUCAGCCCAUGACAAAAUAAUCAUGCAGCAGUUCUACGACAGGAAGAACCCAAAAAUUGACUUGAAGAAAAAGUACAGGGAAGUCAAUCAGUCCCGUGUUGUGCAGGCUGUGAGAAAUAGGUUCCGAACUCCGUCCACAAAAUUCAUUAUAAAAACGUCAAUUGCAUUUGUAGUGCUUGCAGCUCUCACUGUUCUCUUUCCAACCGAAGAAGGUCCGACCCUUCAAGUAGCCCUUUCCUUGUUGGCUACCAUUUACUUUGUAUAUGACAGGCUUAAGAGCAAGUUGCGAGCUUUUCUCUACAGUGCUGGAUCAUUUGCUUUGUCAUGGCUCUUGGGAACCUUCUUGAUGGUGUCUGUGGUUCCACCACUACUGAAAGGCCCAAGGAGUUUCGAGGUGACAACGUCAUUGAUAAGCUAUGUGCUACUCUGGGUCUCGUCGACAUAUCUGAAGUAAUUUCUCUUCUUGCAACACACCUCAAUUUUAUUGGAGUGGAAACCACCGAUUUUCUCGGAGAUUUAGCUCAUGCACAAACGUUUCCUUUAUCGAGACGGUGCUGAUAAAUCUGGCAAAUUGUAGGACAAGAGAGGUAUUUUAUGUCACUCGGAGAAAGGGUGUAAAAGUAGACGAAGGAGCCGAUCGGUUUAAGCAAUUGACCUUUUGUUUCUUUGUUUUUGUUAAUUAUUAUUAAUCAGUCAAUUAUUUCCGUUUCGAUAUAAAUGGAGCACAAAGUAUUAUAUCAA